AUGCUGGCCCGAACGUUGCGUUGUUGCAGCGCCGUUCCCAAAGUUCCCCGGGGCAUGAUGGAGGCGCAAGCCACUGGGAGUGGGAAGCACGGAGUCCUUUUGGAAGAUUGCAGAAGCAGAGCCGGAGCCGUGAUACGAUCUGCACAACGUAGUUCACCGCGCGCUGGUGUAUUUUUGGCUCCGAGAUCUGCCCCGGCCGCCCGAAUGGGACGUGCUAGCAGCAAAGUGCGAGCACGCCGAGCGUUUGCAGUUGCAUCUGCCGUGUUGGCUGGUGCACUGCUAGUACUUCGCACACAUACGGCCGUGGCAAAGACGUUUGCCCAACCAUCGCCAGUCAUGGAGGUAGACCCGGAAUAUCCGGGAACUGCCGUCGAACGUCUCAGGAACAUCCAGGCGCGGGUGAGAAGCUUGACGCCCGAGGACCUGAGCAAAGACUGGGAGGAGGUGCGCCGGAAGAUCUUGUGGGCCGGGGGCCUCAAGGAUCUUCCACGCAGUGUGCCUGGACAAGGCUACACAGGCCAUUCCUUUAACGAUGACAACCACUGCGAUCUCACCCCCAUGCUGGGAGAGGUAGCGCACAAUCUCCAUGGCGGAGAGAUUCGUGGAAUAGCAAUGGGAAAUCGGCUAGGCCCCGGCAUUGAGAUUGCGAGUCUACCCGAGCUCGGCCCCGGCGGGUCUUGGAGUACUUGCACGAACGGUUGCCAUGUAGAGCCACCACAGGAUGUGGCUCAUGUGCAGUUUAGGGCUCGGAUCGCCUUUAAGCUUGUGUGGACCCCGCCGCACUUCACCAGCUUCGUUUUGGUGGAUGACAGUGGUGCGUACCUCAAUCACGGAUCUCCAACCGGCGCCCUGCCCGAUCUGCGCUCCCGGGCUUCGAAUUACAACCUCGUGAAGGGGAGCAAGUAUGCACGUGAGGCAGAGGCUUUGGCCGACCGCUCCGCUGGCGCUUAG